GUCAAGGAUUUAGGAUCUGGAAUCUUGAGCGAGAUUGCAGAUGUGGCCAUGAACGGCAGCGAGAAGGGGAAAAGCAAGGCGGUGGAAUUGUUGAAGAUGGUUGCAAGUGGCGGCAUCGACGGUAAUGAAUUUCAAGAUUUGCAGUUGGAUCAUUUGAUAAAUCAAUGCUCUGCAUAAGCUUUCGUUUCAUCUAGGGACCUCUUUGAUUGAUUGAUUGAUUAGUCUCCAGUCUCCAGUCUCCAGUCUCCAGUUCCACCAUAUUUGUGCAAGAUCAGGUUUAUUCUUUUUCCCACGUUUGAACCAAUUCUAUUGUACAAAUUAAAGAUGCAUAUCCAUAGGUCAGGUGAUUAGGAGGAGAAUAUCAAAAUUUUACACUUCCACUAACAAGUUUUCAUGAAACUUACAUUAUCGUGUGGCUGAUAUGUGAGUUGAUAUUUGAUGGGUGAGUGAAUGUAUAGACUUUGAAGCAUCAUUAUGACUAUGAGGAUGCGAUUCUGUACCAAUCUUCUGUUUUGACUCUUUCCAUUGAUGGGGUUUGCUUUUCUUUCUUUGUUCUUGUCUUUUGCCUUACUCCCAAAUCUUUCACCCCAUUCCACUUUUAUAGUGAUUUUGAUUUUGGUGCCACCCAAACCAAAUCUAAAUGGAUUGUCUUGAACUCCAUCUGGGAUGGUGUUGUUUA